ACAGUUAUAGCAAAGAAGAUAUUACCAAAUUUCUUUAUAUAAGCAAAUCUACUGUACAUCAAACAUUAGAUACUUUCCAAAAGUGGGGAUACAUCAAAAAACCUUUUAAAGAACAACUAGGACAUCAAAAAAUAUUCGCUUAUGAAGAACUAGAUCUCUUAAAACGUAUUAUUAUAGAGAAAGUUGUCUUUUAUCUUGAUGAGCUUGUGGUUAAGAUGGAAAACUAUAUACAAAAGCAGGUUUCUGUCUCAACUAUAUAG